AAACGAGAAAAGUUUUUAAACAAUAUUAAUUUUUUGUUAAUAUAAUGCAUUUAGCAAAUUUUUUUAUACUGAAUAUUUUUUAUAUAGUCAGUUGUCAAGACAAUAACGAAGAUGGGCCAACGUCUACUAGAAUAAUUUACGAUAUUACCACUACAACAAUUAUUCCUCAUAGUCCAGAAAACACAGAGAAAACCACAACUAAUGUCGUUAAUAUAAACUUUGAUACACCUGAAAAAGUCACUGCUGAGAUAAAUGAAGCUUUUGAUGAUUUAAGUAAAACUGUUAAUGAAACUUUAUCAAAUUUUAAUACAGCCACAAGAGAUAAAUUUGAUGAUGAAUGUGGACAUAUAUUUCGGGAUCUUGAAAGAGAAGAGUUGUAUAAUUUAUAUCAAGAAGAUUGCACAGUUGAUCAAUUGACUGUAUAUGAAGAGUUUCAGACAUCUCUAGAUGGAGUAAUAAAAUUAUAUGUUGAUAAAGAACAUCCGAAUAUUGAAAAAGCGUUUAAAGAAGUUUAUAAAAAAUGGAUUGAACCAUUUAGAAGAGAUGUAGAAACUAAUUUAGUCACACCAAUAACCUCUGCUUUAAGAUUCCCAAGAGGACAUCAAGAUAAAUACAUUUCAUGCUCAAACCAAUACACUCCACAAAUUUUAAAACUAAUAGAAACGGCAUUCACAAAUGUUCUAGAUUGCUACAAUAUGACUAUUAGUUAUCAAGAUACAACAAAAUAUGCUGAUCUGAUAGCUGCUCUUUAUAAGGACACCGCCGAGAAAUUCACAAUAUGUAAUCAAAAUUUGGACUGUUUUAAAAAAUAUUGUCCAAAAACUCAUCUUUUGGUUUUAAAAACAACAGCACAGGCAGUUGAUGCAAUGAGUUCAAUAGUCAGAAAUUUUCAAAAAGAAGUUGAAUUGAUUCCAAAAUGUGCAAAUAAUAAAUUCAACAAUGCUACCUAUUUAAAAACUAAAGAAGAACUUCGUGUUGCUAUGUUACUCUGUCUCAAAUAGUUUUUUAAAACAAAAAUGUAAAGAUGUUUCUUGAAAUAUUUCAAUAAUUCUCCAUAGCCAGCAAUUUUCUCAGAGAUGCCGUAGAUGAAAUUUAAUUAGACACUUACUUAAAGCUCAUAUUAUGAUAAAAAUUGUCGAAAUAAAAUAAGAUUAAUCAUAAAGAU